AUGCUGACAUCCGCGAGCGGUCCCAGCUGCGCGGCAGAAAGCAGCACUAGCCCAGCCGGUCGGGCGACCUCCAGCGCGGAACUCUACUACCUACACUAUCUCCGCUCUUGCGCUGCGUCCGCCAGUGGCGCGGCCAGCACGUCCAGCGCUGCUGGUGGAGCAUCGCCGGGCCCUCGCGCCGUGAACCUGAAUCAUCGGGGACCUGGGUACCUCGACAAGUUCUUCUUCGGAGCCUUCGUGGCUACGCGGUUCACGUCCGGGGUCAUGCUGCGGGGCCUCUUCCAAGCGCUGCGCCCGGAGGCGCUCGCCACAGUGAUGUUGACCGCAACCGGGCGCGCCAUCGCAGGCGGGAGCAUGCCCAUGAUGUCCUUGCUGGCCGUCGCUUCGGGAUCCCCAGUGCCAGUCAUGGCCGUCAGCGCCGUGCGAAUGGGAGGGGACCUGCGAGCAUGCAAUCCUGGCUUGGCCAACCCGCUCUACUACCACCCGGGCUGCGUGGAGGGCGGUUUGGGGCCCUACGACCAGGUGCAGGGCACAGGCGCGCUCUCGCCGGAGCAACAAAACGCCGCCCGAGGCCUGUGUGACCGCCCUGGCCAGCCCACGCGGGCAGAGUACGUCGCAGACCACGGCAGAGCCAAGCGCGCGAGGACCGAUCCCGACACUGCCCGCCAGGCCGCUUUGCUGGGCGUGCCCCUUCUGGAGAAAGACGACGGGGCGCUGGGCCCCGAGCCCGAGGGCCCUUCCAGCAGUAUGCCGCCCCAGCCUGCGAAUUUGGAGCGGUGGGAUUCAAUUGAUUACGCCGCCCUCGAGCAAGACGUCCCCACGAUUCUCCAGGCGCCGACGAACGUGAGCGCAGCUUUGGCCCAGCUCCGCGGACAC